AUGUAUGUUAGGGACCGUACCCUUCCGGAAAUUUCUUGUGAUGAAGGGAUUGGGGGAUUCAAGGCCCAUGACUUCUUUGGGGACGGUUCCUUCUAUAUUCUCGAUGCGCCUGGCCAUGCUGUUGGCCAUAUUUGCGGUCUUGCUAGAACAAGUCCUACGACCUUCUUCUUCAUGGAUGGGGAUUUUUGUCAUUUUGCUGGUACAUUUCGGUCUAUCUCAGGUGCACCCUCUUUCUUUUGCCCUUGUGCGCCACCUUUAUUGUCUUCCACCGGGGUACUGGAUCACCGUCCCAAUGAAGGGUCUUUUUACCAGGUCUCCACGGGAGCCAACAGUGGGUAUCAUGACCCCAGCGUGGCCGAGAAAAGUGUUGAAACGCUGAAGUCAUCUGAUGCGGAUCCAAGCGUCUUCAUCUGCCUUGCUCACGACAACAUUUCACUGAAGAUUCUGCCGCUUUUCAAAAUCUGCCCUGAAGGGGAUAUCAAUGAUUGA